AUGGAACACAGCACCUACAAGCAGCGAAAAUAUCGUGGACAAUGCCAUUCCUUUAGAGGACCAGCCGAGGCAUUCGACUCAACCGUCAACAGCUCUCCAGUGUUCGACGCGGAGAAGCAGACGUACGAACCAACGGAAGAGGAACAUAUUACCCUUCGCAAAGGCGCCGGAAAUCUUCCCCUGAUCUCCUUUUUCGCCAUGUCUAAAGGCAAUGGUGCAGGUGUGCCACCGUGUGGUACGCAAGAAACUGCCGGUGGACUGGGAAUGGGCUUUCAAGCCAGUUUCGGUUUGGUCUUGCUUUUCUCCUUCCUGACAUAUGUGCUGCCCAUUCUCGUUGGGGGGGCCGACAUUUAUGAAGGCCGAUACAAGGCCAUCUGCGGAGAAGUUCUGAUCUGUGGUGUUGCCCACGUUAUCCAUAUUAUCAGUGCUAUUCCGUCCGUUCUGCAGAAAGGGACGGCGCGUUCGGCGCCACCUUUCAUUAUCAGCUUACUGGUGCUGGCGCUCGGUACCAUCGUCGACCCCGAGCUGACUUUCUCCGGGGUGGUCAACAUUGGCUCCCUCUACAUACUGCCGACUACGUACGCGGGGAAGUACGUUGGCUGCUGGCUGUCGUUCCUCUUAGCCGGCACUAUUCACUUUCUUCUGCCUAUCGUGCUGGCCCUCGUUUACAAAAAAACAUAUAAAAAGCCGCCAAGUGGGACUUCGGAUCUCAACAAGGCUUCGAAAAUCCGUUCGACGGUGCUGCGAUGCAACAAGUUCCAAGUCUGGCGCAAGAACUUCUUUGAUGCGACACGACCGAGCGUGCUGGCCUCAGAGGGCAUCCACGUCGACUGGACCGAUAAGUUGGUGGACGAUUUUCAAUUAGCAACCGAAACCCUUCUCUACUUCGCCAUCUACAACAUCAACGACGGUAGUAUUAGCUCGGUAGAGAGUAACCAAAUCGCCUCAAUGACGAUCAACGGCGCUCCGAACGACGUGCUCAACGACGUUAACACCUUGGCGCUCAUCAUAGCUACGCCCAUUGCCAGUCACAUCGUGUGCCUUACGCUACAGCGAUACAACAUCAAGCUCGGCUGCAUCAGUCGCAUGACCUUUGGCUUCAUCUUAGCCAUCGUGUCAGGCGAUAUCGGCGCGAUCGUGCAGUGGCGCAUGUACAAGGCCUCGCCCUGCAGGUACCACGCCUCCUCCUGCGACGCGGGUGUCAGCCUGCUCCUGAUCUGGUGGCAGCUGCCCAACGUCAUCCUAGGGGCACUAUCCGAGCUCUUCUACAACAUGACGGUGUACGAGUUAGCGCAUGCGCAUGCGCCACCCUCCAUGCGGGGGUUGGUCAGGGUCAUUUCCCUGUUCACCACCGCGUUUUCCAGUGCGCUGGGUGAGGUAUUAAUCUCUGUCACGUAG